AUGUUGUGGUUUCUCAAUAAAAUGUGUACGAGCAAAGUACGUCUUGAGGGUAAAACUGUUGUGGUAACGGGGGCAAAUAGUGGUAUUGGCAGGGAAACUGCUAGAGAUUUAUACACGAGAGGUGCUAGAGUAAUUCUGGCUUGUAGAAAUAUGGAAAUGGCAAAUAAAGCAGUUAAAGAUAUAAAAAAUAAUCCACCUUCAAGGAUCAAUAAAGAUGAAUAUAAAAAUAAAGCAGGUGAACUUGCGAUUUAUUCUCUGGAUCUACGUAGUUUGAAGAGCGUGAGAGAUUGCGCUAAAAAUUUGCUGACGAACGAAGCAGCUAUUCACAUACUCAUAAAUAAUGCCGGUGUGGCUAUUUAUCCGUUAUACGAAAAAACAGAGGACGGAAAUGAAACGACAUUACAAGUCAACCAUCUUGGUCAUUUUCUUUUAACACUUCUGCUGUUACCAAAAAUGCAGAAGUCAUCUCCCAACUGCAGAAUAGUCAAUGUCUCGUCACUUGCACAUUUUUUAGCUGAUAUAGAUUUCGAUGAUAUUAAUUUGGAGAGAUCUUACGAGCCGUUUAAAAGUUAUGCACAAUCCAAAUUGGCGAACAUUUUGUUCACCAAGGAACUCGCUCGUAAAUUAAAAGAGGCAAAUAUUUUUGGGAUAAAUACAUAUUCUUUACAUCCUGGUAUUAUUCCGACCAGAAUAGCACGGCAUGGUGAUAAGGCACUAUUUCCGGGUUUUACUUUCUGUUGUAAUAUGUUUUUUCAAUUGUUUUCUAAAAAUGCUGAACAAGGAGCGCAAACAACAAUAUAUUGUUCCGUAGAUGAAGAUUUAGCUAAUGAGAGCGGACUCUAUUAUUCGAAUUGCGGUGUUGCCACUCCAUAUCGAAUGGCAAACAAGCAUCAAUAUCCGGAAAAAUUGUGGAAUGUAUCCUGUCGUCUCUUACAUCUGAAUCCAGAAGAAGAUUUUACUACAAUUUUAGAAAUUGUUUCGCGUCAAGUGCUUUAAAAAGGUUCUUUAUUCUUAAAAGAAUCAUUGUGAAAACUAUAUAAAUAUCAGAUUAUUGGAAAAGUUCGUAUAAGGAUUUUUUAAAAUGGUAUUACAGCUCGCUUGAACAUGUCGCGUUUUAUAUCAAAGUUCACUGAGAGAAAAAUCACCCAAUGAACACUGUUCACUAACAUCACACA